UGUCAGUACAUCUCUAUCGCACAGCUGUUUUGGUUUCUGAAAAUUUGCAAUUUUACAACUUUUAUUUAACGAGAAUUUGUUGAAAACUAGUAGACAGCAACCAACAAUUGUUCUCAAUUUCUACCUGGCGUUUGCCAUAUUUAAAAGCUGGACGUGACUGUGGCAGGUGCAUAGAAACAAGACUUUCAUAACGCACACACGCACAAAACUGGCGAGGCGAUAGUAGAAAGAUCGACAUGUCGGAGAAGAACAUAAAAGUGGGCGCCCGGGUCGAACUGACCGGCAAGGAGCUGUUCGGCACGAUCGCCUACGUGGGCAUGACCAGCUUUGCCGUUGGCAAGUGGGUGGGCGUGGUGCUGGACGAGCCAAAGGGAAAGAAUAGUGGUUCCAUCAAGGGCCAGCAAUACUUUCAGUGCGAUGAGAAUUGUGGCAUGUUUGUGAGGCCAACACAGCUGCGUGUGGUGACACCAGCUGGCGGCGAGCAAGCCGGUGGCGGUGGCUCUGGCAAUGCCACGCCCACAGUACAACCCACAAAGGCACGGCUCAGCGGAUCACGCACCUCACUCUCAUCCAGUCGCCAGUCAUUGCUUGGAUCACGCACACAACUCACCACAUCUCUGAGCGAACGCACCGGGUCCAACAGCAGCUUGGCCACACGCAAAUCCCUUGCGCCGCAGAGUAGCAAGGACAAGGAUGCCUCCAGCACUGGAUCAUUGGCUGUUGAAGGCGGCCCAGCAACAUCUGCAGCCGCAUCAAAACGUGCUUCGUUCGUGGAGACGGGUUUCCUGGAGAUUCUGAAGCCACAGUUUACACCAUCGCAGCCAAUGCGUUCACCAUCUUUCACAACGCCGCCGAAUUCGACAGAGGACAAGGUAGCCUUGCUGGAGGCGCAGAAGACCAGCGCAGAGCUGCAGGCACAGCUGGCCGAUGUCACUGAGAAGCUGGAGACGCUCAAGCAGCGUCGCAACGAGGACAAGGAACGUCUGCGUGAAUUCGACAAGAUGAAGAUUCAAUUCGAGCAGCUGCAAGAGUUUCGCACUAAGAUUAUGGCCGCCCAGGGCUCGUUGCAAAAAGAGCUGCAGCGUGCCAAGCAGGAAGCAAAGGAUGCCAUCGAGGCCAAGGAACAACAUGCUCAGGAAAUGGCCGAGCUUUCCGACAACGUGGAAAUGAUCACGCUGGACAAAGAAAUGGCCGAGGAGAAAGCUGACACACUGCAACUGGAGCUGGAGUCGAGCAAGGAGCGCAUUGAGGAACUGCAAGUGGAUUUGGAACUGUUGCGUUCCGAAAUGCAAAACAAAACAGAGUCCAACAUUUCGGCUGGCGACGGCGGCAUGUCCACCUAUGAAUUCAAGCAGCUGGAACAACAAAACAUACGCCUCAAGGACACUCUAGUUCGUCUGCGAGAUCUGACCGCGCACGAUAAGCACGACAUACAGAAGCUCACCAAGGAGCUGGAGAUGAAACGCUCCGAGGUUGCCGAACUGGAGCGCACCAAGGAGAAGCUCAGCUCCAAAAUUGAUGAGCUGGAAGCCACAGUCGCCGACUUGCAGGAACAAGUGGAUGCUGCACUGGGAGCCGAGGAGAUGGUUGAGCAAUUGGCCGAGAAGAAAAUGGAAUUGGAGGAUAAAGUGAAACUGCUGGAGGAGGAAAUUGCACAACUCGAGGCGCUGGAGGAGGUGCACGAACAGCUGGUGGAGAGCAAUCAUGAACUGGAGCUGGAUUUGCGCGAGGAACUGGACUUGGCCAAUGGAGCCAAGAAGGAAGUGUUGCGGGAACGUGAUGCUGCCAUUGAGACAAUCUAUGAUCGCGAUCAGACCAUCACCAAGUUCCGGGAACUUGUCCAGAAGCUCAACGAACAGCUUAUCGAGCUGCGGGAUCGCAGCUCCAGCAACGAGCAAAAGUCUCUACAGGAUCCAAGCCUCAAAUUGGCCACGGAAACCAUCGACUACAAGCAAAUGUUUGCCGAAUCCAAGGCGUACACGAGAGCCAUUGAUGUCCAGCUGCGACAGAUUGAGCUUAGCCAGGCCAAUGAGCAUGUACAGAUGCUGACUGCCUUUAUGCCCGAAUCGUUUAUGAAUCGCGGCGGAGAUCAUGACUCCAUUCUGGUCAUACUGCUAAUCUCGCGCAUUGUCUUCAAGUGUGGCAUUGUUGUCUCCCAGACACGUGAACGCUUCCCCGCCGUCGAGGCGGUCACCAGGGAGGCGGUGACUCAGGGUUAUGCCGUGCAGCAAUACGCGUUCAAGUGCCGCCUGAUGCACUACAUCCACAAUCUGCAGUGUGCGUUGCAUCAAAUCCUUUAUGGGCUCAACAGUUGCCAGCCGGAGACGCUGCUCCGGGCGGGCAGCUCGCUGCCAGAGAUGGUUGCCCAGGAGAAGAUCGUUGAUGGCAUCAUUGAGCUGCUUAAGUCCAAUCAGCUGGACGAGAACAGCACCACGGAUAACAUUGAGAAGUGUGUGGCAUUCUUCAAUGCCAUGAACUCGGUGCUGUUGGCGGGCGAGCAGCUGCUGAACGAGACACAAAUGAUACGGGAUUGUGUUGCCUCGCUGGGAGCUGCCUGUGAGUCCAUAUUAAAUGAUACGGCAAUCGCCAAGGUGAUUAUCGAGGAGGCGGGAGCCACCAGUGAUUCAAUGCUGCUCAUUCAGUUCCUCAACGAGCACAUGGAGAGCAUCAAGCAGCAGGUGAAGCUGAUCAAGCGUCGUCUGCCCAACGAUCAGCAUGUGAUCAAGUGCGGAUUGCCGCCCCAUAAAAUGGAUGCAAUGCGUGCUCUCGCCCAGCAUAUCAGCCGGAUAAUGUCAGCCAUGCAUUUGGCCACCAAACAGGCGCUGGCUGCCAUUGUGGCCAACACGGAGAGCGACAAUGCCGCCGAGCAUACAUUGCCCCAGGACAAGUACUGGUCCCUCCUCUCAUCAGCCUGUGAGCGUAUCUACGAGCAGGACGAUCGUGGGCCAACGCAGAACUUCAAGGCGCUGCUGGGACAGGCCAAUGCGGAUCUGCAGCACAUUGCCCAGCAUCUGCUGGACAAGGAGUAUGAGAUUAUGUCAGCAGCGGGUGGAACUCCACGUGUCCAGGCCCAAAAUACGCCCAUUAAUCAGCGGGCGCAGUUGAUCAAGAAGCAGCUGGAGCAGAAGAAUGUCCUGGCUGCAACACUGGAGAAUCGCGAGGCGGACAUUAAACAACUUAAGCUGGCGGCCAAGAUGAAGCUGAACGAGUUGAGCGAAAUGCAAAUACGCAAAGAUCUCGCCGAGAAGAAGCUGAGUGUGCUGCAGUCCGAGUAUGAGCAUGCGGUGAACAAGUGGAAGCAACAGUACGAGGAGACGCAACAGAGUCUAUUGAAGAAGGAGAAGGAAUUCGAGGAGACCAUGGAUCACCUGCAGAGCGAUAUCGAUGCACUCGAGAGCGAGAAGAGCGAUCUGCGGGACAAACUGAAGCUAAACACCAGCGCCGGCAAGAGUCAGGCAUCCGAUUCGCACUCCUCCUCCAUUCACAAUCUAUCCGGCACGGGUCUGGGCCCGGGCAGCGCCAAUGUCAGCUACACGGCGCCCGCUGGCACUGCUCCUUUGGUCGCCGAGGAGAUGCAGCUGCUCAAGUGUGCCUUCAACAAUGAGAGGAAUGAGCGAUUGCGUCUGCAGGCUCAGGACAUGCGCGCCAAGUUGCAACAAUUCGAACCCAUCCAUGUGCCACAGCCGCAGGAUCACCGCAUUAAUGCACUCGAGUCGCAGCUGACCAAGAUGAAGCAUGCCUGGGUGUUGUCGCUGCUCCAGUUGCAAGCCAAUGGCGCCACUGCCAAUGUCAACACUGUGGCCAUGCAACGUCGCCAUCAGCCGGUGCCACAAAAGUCAGAGAUUAGCACACAGGCAUCGCGUCUCGCCUCGGACAUCCUGACGGAAUAUCUGCAACGGAAGCCACAUCGUGCUGCAAGUGGACAGUUUGCUGCCUUUCCCACCGUCGAUGUGAAGCGUGUGCUACAGAUUUAAGGGUUGCACGCGGGGAAUAUUGGGCAAUAGCUAGGCUAGGUCACCUCUUUAUUAAUUUAUAUGGUUAGCACAAAGGUUUUAGAAAGGGGAAACCCCCUAAUUGGCAGUACAGAAAUAAACACACACACAGAUACAGCAGCUUAUCCCUAAACGCAGCACUAACAUCCACUAAUCCCUUUCUUCUCCUCCUGCUCCAUUUAUUAGUAUACACCCUAUGUGGUAGCCUCAACGGUCCUCCUGAUAAUUGUAUUCAUCUACUGGCUGCGCUUUCCCAAGGGUCUUCGAUUUUUCUGGAACUGGGAAAGUCCCUUCUUUGCCAAGCUAUGGAGAUAUUGAUGAUGAUGCGUGUAAAAUUAUUUUUAUUAUAAUUCUUAUUUAAUAUAUGUUUGUAUAAAUAUCUAUGUAACUUAUGUAACUGUGUAUCUUUAACAAGGCCUAUUCUGAAAUCAACUCAAGCGAACCCCUUUUUAUAGCUAUUUAUAUGAUUGUAUAACAAAAUAUGUAUUAUCUAUCCAUGAAGAGAGAAAAAUGUGAAUAAAAAAGACACUUGAAGACACAAUCUAAAUAUUUGUAAC